ACAAGUACAGAAAACUUGAAAUUAUUUCUGAAACAAGAAAGUAACUUGAACUGAAAUACUUCUAUAACUAACUAGAUUUAUUCUAUACGUUUUGUCAUUAUUAUAAUUUACAUUAUGAAAGUGACGGUUGUAUUUUUGAUUGCUAUUGUACAGGUAUCAUGGAGUUUCGUUAUACCGAAUCAAGAAUGCUCUAUGACCGCCCUUGAUUCUAACGCCAUCAACUGUUUGUCCGUUCUUGGCUUCGUGGGGAGAACAUCCGAAGACACUGCAACAUGCAGACUAGUGUCCGAGUCUGCCAACUGUCUGAAGAAAGCUGCCGAUAAACAGAAAACCCAAUGUAGUAUUGAUGAUGUCAUGUCUACUUCCCGGUAUUUUAUGGAGUCGCUGGUUCCCGCCAUUGUUCUUGAUAACUGCACGGUGCACGAGGAACCGGACAUCUGCAAUGACGACACCAGGCUGAGCGCGUUUGGCUUCACCACGUGCAGUCCAUACAUUGACAUAUUGGAACAUGUCCCCAUCGAUUACGUCUGCAUACACAUUGGUCUAUUGGUCGAUUGCAUCGGAACGCAUGUGAACAUGCUGGGAUCAAAUUGCACAAGUGACGUCAUUGGUGGCGCAAUACGAUCCACUGCUGGUCAGAAUUGGCUACGAAUGUACAACGCCGCGUUAAUCCCCUUUGUUUCAUCGUCUUGUAACUAAAGAUUUUUGAGUUUGAAUUGUUGGUGUUGACAUGUGAAAUCCAUAAAGAAUAUACGCAGAGUAGUUUACUUUUACCAGUAAGUUCAUUGUUUCUCUUAACCUUUUAUUUCUUAUUGUGUUGCCCAUCUACUUAUUUUGUAUGUCUAAGCUGAUCUGACUGGAUUAACCAGUUAUCAUUAAUAUUAAUGACGUCGCGUGGAAUCGGGUCAUUAAUUUGGAAUAAUUUCAAAGUUGUACCUUUGAGGAUCACGUGAUCAAAAUGGACCAGCCAACAUUAUUAUUGUAAAAUAAACUAUAAAAUAUGUCUGAUAAAAAAAACUGUAUGAACCAUCAAUUGUAUAAUCUGAUUAAAGAAAAGAAGAAACAUUAAGAUGCAAAAAACGUACCGGGUGUGUCUUAAUUUAUACCGUUAUUAAAAACAUAUGGGCACAUUUAUGGGUGUUUAAUAAUUUGUCCCCAAACUCGUAGGCUUCGAGUUUUAUUAUAGCUUGAGCUACCAGCCUUAGGACCCGAUUCAUCAAAGCUUAGAUAAAAAGUUUCUGAGGAUGUUUUGCUUAUUUAAAAUAAUCUGAUUCCUAAUAAAUAGGGAAACUUGAAAAAUCAUAAAAUAUAAUAAAAUAAAUGAUUAAAAGUGGUAACUGUACGGAGCCCAGCUUUGCAAUAAGCAUGGCCGUAUCGUUGUCUAAUUACCCUCUUUUUUCAAAUUAAUGUCGGCCUUCAAUUGAAUAUUUUAUAAAAUUUACUGUCUGAUUAUUUUGUUUAAAACAUAUCUAAACAAAUUACUUCUUAAUUAAAUUAUAUUUUUUUUGCAUUGAGAAAGACGCGUGAUAUGCAAAUUUCGUAUUGACGUUGACUAAAUUAGACUAUACUUUCGGUUUGUUUUUGCGAUAAAUGCACUUUUUUUGUUACACGUGGGGUUUAAAAACGUCAAAAAGGUUAGGGAAGUCAUUUUGAUAUACAUACAUGUCGAUGAGUUUUCAUUACUAAAAUAUACUGGGAUUGGACUUAAAACAUAUAGAAUAGUUGUGGUUAAAUGUAGAUAAAAAAAAUAAUAUCACAUCUACUUUUAUUUCUAUGCUGAAGCAGUGAAAACAUUUUGAAGUUCGUAUAUGAUUUCGGAAAGAUAUCAUUUUUUUUCUUUAUAACUAAUUGAAAAUAUCUAAAAUUUACUUAGGAUGCUGCUGUAAUAAGUACUUCUUGCAUUUCUCUCAAUACAGAACAAUUUGUUUAUUAAGACCAUUGUAUUCUUGCUAAUUGUUGAGUAUACAAUCAUAUAAGAUUCAUUUUAAAUAUCAGAAAUGCUUAUUUUGAAAAUAAAUAAAAUUUAACUCGUUAAAAUGACUUUGAAUAAAUGUCUCAUAUAUGC